UCGUAACAGAACGCAAUACACACACAUUCCAGCACGCACUCGAACUAUAAUUCGCCGCCACCAUCUUCUCCGACCGUUUAAACCUACACAUAAACCCCAUACCAAAUUCACACACAAACAAGCCAUGGCUAUAGAUGGAGGCAUAUUCAAUCCAUCACAAAAGUCACACAGGACUCGUCAAUCUGGCCCCUCCGCCAAGAAAAACAAAAAAAAGAAGAGCGAUAACAAAAACAACGUUCCUAACGAUAAAACUCAUAACCCUAAGGCGUUUGCGUUCACGUCAACUGUCAAAGCUAAGAGAUUACAGUCUCGUGCUACAGAGAAAGAGCAGCGCAGGCUUCAUCUUCCUACUGUUAAUCGCAACAUUGGCGAAGAACCUCCUUUUGUAGUUGUCGUUCAAGGCCCUCCCCAGGUAGGAAAGUCGCUGGUCAUAAAAUCUUUGGUGAAGCACUAUACCAAGCAUAACUUGCCGGAAGUUAGAGGUCCCAUAACUAUUGUGACAGGUAAGCAACGGCGGGUGCAAUUUGUUGAAUGUCCAAAUGACAUCAAUGGAAUGAUUGAUGCUGCGAAGUUUGCUGAUUUAGCAUUGCUUCUGAUCGAUGGAAGUUACGGAUUUGAAAUGGAAACUUUCGAGUUCCUUAAUAUUAUGCAAAAUCAUGGAUUUCCUAAAGUUAUGGGAGUUCUUACGCACCUUGAUAAGUUUAAGGAUGUAAAGAAACUCAGAAAGACUAAACAGAGACUUAAGCACCGUUUCUGGACUGAAAUAUACGAUGGAGCGAAGCUAUUCUAUCUAUCUGGUCUAAUUCACGGGAAGUAUCCAAAACGGGAAGUUCAUAAUCUUGCAAGAUUCGUUUCUGUUAUGAAGUUCCAUCCUUUAUCGUGGCGUAAGGAUCAUCCCUAUGUUUUGGUAGAUCGAUUUGAAGAUGUCACACCUCCAGAAAAAGUGGAACUUGAUAAGAAGUGCGACAGAAAUGUCACCUUGUAUGGUUACCUGCGUGGCUGUAAUUUGAAAAAAGAAACUAAGGUACAUAUUGCUGGGGUGGGUGAUUUCAGUGUAGCUGGUAUUACUAGCUUAGCUGAUCCUUGCCCUUUGCCCUCAGCUGCAAAGAAGAAGGGUUUGCGUGACAAGGAAAAGCUAUUCUAUGCACCUAUGUCUGGUUUAGGGGAUCUUCUUUAUGAUAAGGAUGCUGUAUACAUAAACAUCAAUGAUCAUUUCGUCCAGUUCUCUAAAGUUGAUGGUGAAAGCGGCGGAGUGACAGAAAAAGGAAAGGAACGAGAUAUAGGUGAGAAAUUGGUGGAAUCAUUACAAAACACAAAAUAUUCUAUUGAUGAAAAAUUGGAGAAAAGCUUUAUCAACCUUUUUAGCAAAAAACCCAGUAGUAGUGUACUGGAAGAGCCAAGUGACACAAAGGAUAACCAAUAUCAGUCAGGAGAAGAAUCUGAUACUGAUGAGUCGGGUGAAGAAGAUGAGGAUGACGACUUGAAAUGUGUGAAAUAUUCGGAUGAAGGUAGAACCCUUCAAAAGGAUUCUACAUCAAAAACUGUAGAUAGUGGUUCUGAUGAAGAUAUCAAUGCAAUAGAGGAGUCCGUAUCGGGAAAUAAAGUGAGUGAGCAUGUCGAGUUCCGUAAUGGAAGAAUGAGGAGAAGGGCUGUUUUUGGAAAUGAAUUGGAUCUUGAUAAUUCUGAGGACUCCGAUGAAUCUGUUGAAGAUGGAGAUGAGGAUAUGGACACUAAAGUAUCCUCCCUCUCAGAGGAAGACGAAAAGGAUCUCACAGAUGAUGAAGAUAAGAUGGGGAAUGCUUCAAGAUGGAAAGAUUCUCUGAAAGAGAGGAUCCAUUUGGGACAAAAUAAAAAUCUUAGGCAACUUAUAUAUGGCAGGCGUGAAUCGAAGUUAACUUCUUCAACUGAUGACGUGCAAGGUAGCAGUGAGGAUGAAGAGAGUGAUGAAGGCGAAUUUUUUAAGCCAAAAGGAGAGGGUAUAAAGAGUGUUAGGGAAGAUUUUGAUGGUGAUAAUGUGAAUAAUGACGAUUGUUCCAAAUUUUUAAACCAUGCUGAUGUAAAAAACUGGAUAGAGGAAGAAAAAUAUGAAAGUAUCCGUGACCGUUUUGUUACCGGAGAUUGGUCAAAAGCUGGUCGAAGCGGGCAAGACUCUGAUGCAAAUAGCGAUGAGGAAAAUACUGGCAUGGGUGAUUUUGAAGAUUUGGAAACUGGUGAAAAACAUGAGAGUCGUGUAAAUGGUGAAGAUCUUGAUGCUGAACAACGCCGGUUAAAAAAGCUCGCACUUCGUGCAAAAUUUGAUUCCCAAUAUGAUGGGUCUGAUUCUGCCGAGGAGGAAAAUGAUACUAAGACUAAAGCCAAGCAUCAUCAUAACCAAGGCCAAGAUGGUGGAUUUUAUGACAAGGCAAAGGAGGAAGCUGAACUUAUUAGACAGAUGAAAAUUGCUGAACUAAAUGAUAUUGACGAGGCAACUCUUGUGGAGAUGGAGGGUUAUAGAACAGGGACAUAUGUUAGAUUGGAAAUUCAUGAUGUUCCUUGUGAGAUGGUUGAAUAUUUUGAUCCGUGUCAUCCUAUUCUUCUAGGAGGUAUUGGGCUUGGAGAGGAAGGCGUUGGAUACAUGCAGGUACUGUUGAAGCGGCACAGGUGGCACAAGAAAGUACUAAAGACUAGAGACCCUAUAAUUGCUUCAAUAGGGUGGAGGCGCUACCAAACUACACCUAUAUAUGCCAUUGAGGACCAAAACGGGCGCCAUCGGAUGCUUAAGUAUACACCUGAGCACAUGCACUGUCUUGCUAUGUUUUGGGGCCCUCUUGCACCACCAAAGACGGGGGUUGUUGCAGUUCAAAAUUUAGCUAACAGACAGGCUUCGUUUAGGAUCACUGCUACUGGACAAGUGAAAGAGUCUAAUCAUGCUGCGCGAAUAGUGAAGAAGAUAAAGUUAGUUGGUUAUCCGUGCAAGAUCUUUAAGAAAACUGCACUUAUCAAAGACAUGUUCACUUCAGAUCUUGAAAUAGCUAGGUUUGAAGGUGCAGCUAUCAGAACUGUUAGUGGAAUACGUGGGCAAGUGAAGAAGGCUGCAAAAGAAGAAAUUGGUAACCAAUCUAAGAAAAAGGGAGGAAUUUCUAAAGAAGGAAUUGCUAGGUGCACCUUUGAGGAUAAAAUUUUGAUGAGUGACAUUGUUUUUUUGCGUGCUUGGACUCAAGUUGAAGUCCCUUGCUUUUACAAUCCUUUGACAACGGCUUUGCAACGUCGUGACCAGCCAUGGGAAGGAAUGAAAACAGUAGCUGAACUGAGGAGAGAUCAAAAUCUCCCAGUUCCUGUCAACAAAGACUCACUUUACAAGCCAAUUGAAAGGAAGGUUAGGAAGUUCAACCCACUGGUUAUUCCCAAGUCGUUACAGGCAGCUCUCCCUUUUGCCUCCAAGCCAAAAAAUAUUCCAAGUCGAAGGCGACCACUACUUGAGAAUCGUAGAGCUGUCGUCAUGGAGCCUCAUGAGAGGAAAGUUCAUGCACUUGUUCAACAUCUGCAGUUGAUCAGAAAUGAUAAGAUGAAAAAGAGGAAGCUCAAGGAAGAUGUAAAGAGAAAGUUGCAUGAAGCAGAAAAAGCAAAGGAAGACCUGAUUACCAAAAAGCGGCAGAGAGAUGAAAGACGAGAAAAAUAUCGUCAAGAGGACAAGGUAAAGAAGAAAAUGAGAAGAAAUUCAGAUGACUAAUCAUUAUCCCACACUACAUGUAUGUGGUUUUUCAGCAAAUUUGUACUUCACAUAGGGGUUUUCUUCUAUCCCAACCCAGUAUACGUGAUGGAACGCUUUCUGAUUGAGAAACCACAAAACACCAAUUUUGUACAUUAUAUUUAUUGUUCCUAGUUUAUUACAUGCAUUUUUUGUAUUUGUGACUCGUUAUGGAGUCCUAUGAGAAACGAGAAAGAACUAAUCGAGAAAUUUGUAGUAUUAUUUAUAUAUACACAGGUAAUAUAGUUGUUCUUUAUAAA